AUGGAAGAAAAAAUUAAAAGUGAUAUACCAACAUUUAGUCAAUCGUGGACCCCAACGCAACGUUUUAAUGUUGCUGCAUUCAGUGUUCAACUUGUACAUGAUUACGUUUGGUCAACUAAGGAUGAAAAAGAAUGGAAACAGAGAUUUUUAAUUAGUGUUUUUCAACAUUUAGGAAUUGAGGAUAAAAAAGAACAAAAAGUGCUUUUAAGGAUGCCAAUCGACAACAAAGAUGACUCUGAAGUUGUUAACAUACUUUUUAAAGUUUUUAAAGAAUCAUUAGUAAGCGAUAAAGAUAUACGAGAGGAGAUUAUUUCUGAUUUUUUAUUUAUAAGUUUGGGUUUAACUCGAAAUAUUUGUGAUGGUGACGAUGAAUCUGAAAAACCACCACCACCUAACAAUCAUAUACAUAAUCAUUUUAAUAGUCUUAAAGAAAACAUUAAUUUAAAACUGGGCAACAUAAUUUCAAAUAUAAAGCAAGAUGACGAUAACAUUUCAACCACAUCAACCGACUCGUCGGACUCUUUAUCUUUAUCAUCUUUACAACCUAUGGACAAACCAGCAGAGUAUGAUGCUCGUGCCAGAGCUAUUGUUUUCAAACUUGGACAUUAUUUAGACAUUCCAAUGUCAAAACUUUGGGCAUUAGAAAAAAUCAUGGCUCAAGAUUUAUAUUUUCUUCACGAGCAAAUUAACAAAAUAAAAGAAGAAGAUGAUGAUGAUGAUCAAAAUAUUCAAGAAUUACACAACAGUGCAAAUUCAAGUCUUAAUAAACAUGCUAAACGUAAAAAUAAAUUGCGUUGGUUUGCUACUGGAGUUGGUGUAGUUGUUGGUGCAACUGCUAUAGGUUUAACAGGUGGUUUAGCUACACCUUUUGUGGCUGCUGGAAUAAGCGCAAUAACUGGUGCCGGAAUCAUAGCUGCCGCUGCAUCCAAUGUCGCUAUAAUGGCUUCAUUGUUUGGUAUCGCAGGCGGUGGUCUUGGAGGUUAUAAAAUGCAUAAAAGAAUGCAAGGCCUUAAGGCGUUAUCUUUUAUUAGAAUAAUUAAAGAUGACACAAUUCCUAUAAUACCAUCUCUUCAUGUUAAUAUUGUAAUAUCUGGAUAUUUAUUGGAAGAUGUCGAAGAAACAACAUCACCAUGGAUUCCCACUUUUCAAAAUACAUCAGAAUAUCGAGAUACAUUUGCAUUAAGUUUUGAUCCUGAGAUCCUUUUGGGACUAGGGAAAGCAUUCAGACAAUUUUUGGCAGAAUCAGCAGUCAGGGUUGCAGCAAAUUCUGCAAUACAACACACAGUUUUGGCAACACUUGCUACCGCAUUAUUCAUACCAGCUGGUUUGAUGAAAGCGUGUGAUCUGAUAGACAAUCCGUGGGCGCUAGGUGUAGAUCGUGCUCGUAAAGCUGGUUUGGUUUUAGCUGAUAUAUUGAUUGAGAGAGUUCAAGGAAAACGACCUACUGUUGGAUAUUCACUUGGUGCAUUAGUAAUAUGGCAUUGUUUACAACAAUUGGUAAAACUUGAACAAUAUGGAUUGGUUGACACUGUUGUUCUAAUCGGUGCACCAAUUGCAUCGAAACCAAUUCAAAAAUGGAAAGAUGCAACAACUGUUGUUGCUCGUAGAUUUGUAAAUGCAUAUGCAACAAAUGAUAUAGUUCUUGGAUUAAUUUAUAGAAUGCAUUCGUUAGAUUUAGAUGUUGCCGGGCUUGGACCAAUAAAUAAUUGUCUUAGAAUAGAAAAUUAUAAUAUUACCGAAUUUACAAGUGGACACUUGGGUUAUAAGGACCCAGUAACGUUAACAGAGAUUUUAAAAAAAAUUGAUUUAAAAAAUUGA